UGUCAAUAGCUAGGCUAGGUUUCUUUAACAUGUGUUUUCCUUGUAACCCAAAAAAUACAUAAUUAUAUGUCAAUAUAAAUUAGAAUAUAAGGAAGCUACAUACUGGCUAGAAAGAAAAUCAUUGAAAUUUACCGCUCAAAGUUAUAGAUACUUAGUUAAAAUGGCUUCAUUCGGCUCAACUCGGCAGAUUCCGGUACCCUACUUCUAACUGUAGGGUAUGGGAAUCUGCCGAGGUGAGCCGAAUGAAAAUGGCUUGUUUCCGAUGGGUUGCUUACAGGGAGGACAAUGGCAUGACGUCAUGAUAGGCAACACAUAUAAACCCAUUUGUGACGUCACGUACUUGUUGCUGAGCUGUUUAGCAACCGGUAAAGAUGGAGAUGAUCAGUCUCUCCGCUAAUAUUAACAUUUUAUGUUAAAUCUUGCCUACCACGAUGGAUAUCAAGUUAUUCUUGGUACUUGUGGUAAUGCUUAGCGCAUUGCAGCAAGGUCCUGCUGCUUAUCGGGACUUUACGUGUGUGGAGCCCGAACCAGGAUUUGCCAAAAGAAUGUUUUAUUACUUCACUGCGAGAGAAAUUGAAAGAAUGUGUCCAGCGCGAGCCGAUCUUAUAUGGCGAAUUGGAAGUGAGGUAUUUUGUAACCUCCUCGGCAUCCUUAUAACCAUACUGCUGGGUUAUGCGCCAACGAUUAGAAACAACACCAGAGAGAGAUGGACAGCCAUGGUUUCCAUGUUCCAGGAAUGGAGAACUCGUCCUUCCCUCUGUCCCCACUGCGGAACAGCUCCAUGUCAGGUGAAGAGGAGAUCACUCUGGAAGCCCUCCGGCUCCCGUAAAAAGGACAACGCCAAUUUCAAGCAGCGGUCAAACGCAAUGAUGCUGUUUAACUAUGGGCUAGAGCUGUCUGCGGUGCUUACAAAGGAACUCCCCCAGGAUGACCUGUACUGGCAGAGGAAAUUCUGUCAUGAAUUCGAGGAGAAACAUAUGGUUCUUUUCCCAUUGUGUAUCCAGAGGCAAAUCAACUACUGGUAUCCCGUCCCUCGCUAGAUUGGUUGAGAAGAACCACAAGGUGGAAUUUCCAGGAGUGACGUCAUCGAUGAUAAUGGCGUGUUUUGGAUUUGUUGUUGAUUUCAAGAUCAGUUCCGAUAGAAUCGAUCUUAACCGGCGAUAACUUUUGAUAUUGUUUUCAUGUUCGCACAUUGGUCGGUCUACCUCUGUGUAGGUAUCUGAUGAUGAAAUGUAUCAUAUGCUUGUGGCAUUACUAAUUAAAGAUAUGUUGUUAUUUGCUAUUAAAGAGUUGUGUUGAUUAAUCGGAUUGUCGGGGUGUUGGCUACAGCAUAUAUUGCUAAGUUCAAAAAUAAUUAAUCUCGAAAA